GGGCCGUACCGGAAGUCGUCACCCCGGUUAGCGACCGUUGGCUCAGAUUUUCCUCCGCCGCUUCACUUCACUCUCUCUCAGCACCAUUCACAGGAGACUGUCCCAGCCUACCGGCGGUAUAACGCACACCAUGGCAGAGCAGGAACCCACACAAGAGCAGGUGAACGUGUGUGAAGUAGACACUGAAGAGGAGGAUACCAAUCCCAACUACAGACCUCCCGCCCAGAAGAGCUUAGACGAGAUCCAGCAGCUGGACGCAGAGGAUGAGAGCCUGCGCAAGUACAAGGAGGCACUGCUGGGGAAGGAAGUUAAGGUUGCAGCAGAUCCCAACACCCCCAACAUCCAGGUGAUGAGCAUGACUUUGGUAUGUGAUGCGGCUCCGGCCCCGCUGAUCCUUGACCUGACGGGAGACCUGGACGGCUUCAAGAAGAACCCAUUUGUUCUAAAGGAGGGCGUCGAAUACAAAAUAAAGAUCAACUUCAAGGUCAACAAGGAAAUUGUGUCAGGCCUGAAGUACUCUCAGCAAACAUACAGGAAAUCAGUAAGAGGUAAGACUGGAUUUUGAAAUUAAAUCAAAUUAUAUAUUUUAUUUCUCUUACCCGUUGUGUUGUUUAUCAGUCUAGAUUGUUUAGGUG